UCGGGAACGAAGUGGCAGAGUCUGUCAACAUGGGAUUGCAUAUAUUUUGGCCAGCUAGCGCUUGCUUGACAUUAUUCGUGGUUUGCGUUAUAAUGAUCGUGUUAAAGUUUGGACCAAAACUAUGCAAGACCAGACACGAGCCACUUCCUUCGGACCAAGACUGGGAAGGGAAAUCUUACUCACGAAAAAUCUCCAUUUCGGUAGCCUAAGAACGUUCUUUUACAAUAUGACUUGUUUAAAAUUUCUCCCCGGGUUACAAGACCGCUUCCUCCCACUUUUAGAAUAAAAAUAUUUUUAUCAUGCAGAAUAAAAAUAUUUUUAUUCUAAAUUAUUAUACCAAUAAUGAAUUUAGAGUACAAAUAUUUUUAUUCCAAAUAUUAUUCUGCAUACGAGUAUAGCCACGUACUCUCCCCAACAUUUUUUGCCUUAGGGACUUAAUUUUAAAAUAGUUUUUCUAUCGAGGCGUUUGAAAAGGUAUUCGAGUUGUACAAAACCGAUAAGGCAUAAUUUUGGGACAAAAACGUUUUAAAAAUUGUAUGCAUAAUGGAAUAAGCACGAAGCUGAUUUUUCUCCCAACUUUAACGAGCGCGCCAAAAGAGUAAUUGUUGCAACUCGUACAAACCGAUGCAGCAAAAUUUAAUCCGUCCAUAGAUUAGGAUUACAAGUAGCCAUAGUUUGAAUGACUUUGAAGAAAUUUUCACGUAUCUUUAUACGCGGUGUGGACCCGUAUAAUUUUUGUUAUAAACAGUAUUUACAGAUAAUUUUAAGAAUCGCAAUGGAAAGCACGCGAACGAUUCUGGGUGAAGAUGCAACUUUACAUGCAAAACAAAGCCUUUACCCUGCAUAGAAUUAACGUAUCUCUUUACGUACAGUAGACACUGUAUCCCAAUUCAUUUUUGUACGUUUAUACAAGUACGCCAUGUAGCACCGCUAAUCAACGUGUCGCACACAUUAAAGAAAUCUUCCCAAUACGA